ACGAAAGGGACGUGGAUGGCCGAGCUGCGCUCGACAUUCGGAUGGAUUUCGGGCAAAUUCGUAAUUAACUCGAUGGACGCUACGUAAACGCGCGAUUUGUCAGCAUUGCCAUGUGACAUGAGAACAAAAAUGACAAGCGUGUCGAGAGUGGUGUCGGCAGAUAUUGAAAAAACACUUGACUAUCCUCUUUCUUUUUCUCCAAGUGCCAUAUCCGCUGCCAUCUUAAAUCAGCUGUCAAGCAGACGAUACGCAGCUCUCACAAUCCAGUCCGCACAAGGAUAUGGACAUAUCUGAAGACGAUGUGCAAGUAAAGAUCCAAUCAACAGACUUGAUCUCUAUAUACAACAAGCAGGGAAACGAUGAAUGUGAGACAGAUCUCAAUGAGGUUGAGAUAAUUACAGCGGCGCAGCAUUUUUGUGCUAUCGAGAUUAAGGAGACCAAAAAUCCUAAUCAAAUUAAUGAGAAAACAACUGACAGUGAGGACAAUGAAGGGAGCAAGUCGAAUAUUUCGGAUUCCACUUUAGGAAAUAUACAAUACACGGAGAGCAGUGCCAUUGCCAAUGUAUUAACUGAUCCUAUUUACUUGGAUAGUUUAGAUUCUGACUCCAUCAAUAUUGAAUUCCCAAAGCAAUCGAACACAACGGAAGUUUUCAUUCGAAACGUCGAGCAGAUACAGACGAACAGUUACAAUGUGUCCGCAGUAACGAUACCAAAUGAGUUCUUGGACGGGCUGAAUAUCAACAUAAAGAAGGAGGAUGGAGAAGAUCACGACGCGCUGUACACUACGGAAUGGUUGUGCGAUAGCAGUAACGAUAGCGUGCGAUUGAGGAUCCUGAAAGAUGCCAAGCAGAAUAUGCAAAGUUCUGUCGAUGACGCCGGCGUGAAACGCAGGAGUCAAUUGACAGACGGUAAAGACACUCAAGAGCAGGAGAAACCUAAAGCUAGAAAGUCGAAGAAGCAUGUCAGACUGAAGAGCGCGCAUCAAGAUUACAGAGAAAAAUUGAGGAAAAAGGCUGAGUGUAUGAGAGAGAAACGGAAGAAGUUGUACGAGCAGGAGAGCGAGGAGGAACGUCUGCAGAGAUUGGCAAAGGAAGCGGCGAAGAGGCGCGAGAUGAGAAUGUAUUACGAAACACCGGAGCAACGGAGGAAGAGGCUCGACGCUGAAGCAGCGCGGAAAAGGGAAUACAGGAUGUACAACGAAACGCCGGAGGACAGAAGGAAAAGGUUGGACCGCGAGGCCGAGAGAAGAAGAAUCAAGAGACUGUCGUUGUAUGCGAGCGAGACGCCGGAACAGAGGAGGGAAAGACUGAACAAAGAGUCAGCGAAACGACGAGAGGCCCGACUGAAUCAGUACGCCAAGGAAACGGAAGAGGAGAGGAAGCAGAGAUUGCGACGGGACGCUUUGAGGGCCAGGGAAAUGAGGUUCACCAGGUCCGCUAUCGAGACGGAGGAGGAGCGCAAACAAAGGUUAGUAAAGGACGCCCUCAGAAAGAGGGAGGUAAGGAUGCAUGGGAACCAUACAAUGAACAAUAAUUUCACGGAACUCCGAACCGUUCGCAACUUUCAAGAAUUAAACGAUGUGCAGAUAAAAGACAAUCCUGAAAAUCAAUUGGAUAGCCAUUAUCUGAGCAACUGGAUGAUGUGGUUUCAGAACACGUUGACACAACCGGUUCACAAUGGAGAACAAAUCGCUGAGCCGCAGCAGGCACAGCAUAACAUAAGAUAAUUUUGUACAUAUAUUCUUCGAUAUAAACUUUCAGAACUUUCGCGCGUAAAUGAUAUCGAUUACAUAGCGACCAAACCUGAAAUAUGCUUUAUGUUUUCUGUACAGUUUCCAGUCGAGGAUGAAUGAAAUCGUGACGACUUUAACUACUAUAUGUGUCUCUUAAUAUAAUUAGGUUCACACAUAUUAGCAAGCGAGAUAUAUUUGUUAUGAAAACUUUUACAAGAUUUAUACAGAAUUGCGGCAAGACAAAUGCACGAUAGAACUAGAAAGGUGAUUCAACAUAAAAACAAUAAUAAGUUAAAAAUGUAGAAUAAAAGUUUUUCGUGCGUGAAAAGCUUAGUUUUUGAAGAAAUUUUUUCACACAGAAUCUUUUUCUCAGAUAUACCAUUUGUCCUGCUACAUCCUGUACACACAAACGCUGAGCACACUAAAAUAUAUGUAAUUUACAUGUAACAUAUUUUUUGACAGAUAAACACGACUUGAAAAGAAGAAAAUUUCCUUUUCACUUUUUGCAUAAUGUUGUUUAUUCGCGCGCGUAAUGAUUAUUUCGAUACUUAAAGGUGUGUUCAGUGUAAAAGAUGUAAAAUAUAGUUUAAAACAAAUGAAGGAGUGUGACUCCUCAAUGUUACGUUUAAGAGUAGGUAGAUUUUUAAAUUUUGCCAAAAUAUAAAAUUUUGUUCAUACACAUUGAUACGAAAAAGAAAAUAUAGAGGCGUAUAUAUUAAAGAGAACAAGAGAAGCAAUUCUUGCCAGUGCCUUUUAUUCAAUGUUCAACAAAAGAAAAAACUAAGCUUUUAGACUAGAGAUUCAUUAAUAUACGAUAUUUGAACAUGAGUGAAUGAUUCUGGUGAAAGUUUGACUGUCUCUUGUGCUAUUUGUACAGCUAUUGUGUAUUUCUUUCUAUAGUUCCUUUGUAAUAAAGAAAUCAAUAAGUUAAGUUACAUCAUAUGUAUUUCAUCCACUUCCUUUGUUCAUUGUGUAUAAACAUGUAUUUUUUUAUUAUGAUACAUCUCCUAAGAGUGAAGUCACUUGUGCGAAAAACAAAAAAAUAAAAAAAAAUAUGAAGAUCAACCAAUCGUAAGUAAACGAGCGAUUUUAGAUCAGAGGGAAGCUUGAGAGCGGCCAUGAACGUGUUUUACAUGUAUAUUUUCUACUCAAGCGCCGCAAUGUACACGUUUUUGUACACGUAACUGUACUCACGUUGUUCUGGUUCUGUUCCGUGCUGUAUGCACGGAAUUGUUUUGCUUCUAUAUUCUGUUAUGUUUACGAUUUAUAUGUUCCACCACCAUAAUUGUAUAAAUACAGCGAGUAAAGAAAAUCAUGCCACGAUACAUGAUUGUCUUCUUUUGCAAUAUUAGAAAUCAGUGCGAUUGAUAUAAGCAAACUACGCAUGCAAUAUAACAAAAUUGUUCCUUUCAACUAUAUUAUUGAGAACAUAUAAUGUAUUCUAUUUGUAUAAAUUGCAUGUACGAGAGAGAAUUCUUUAUAUAUAGAUUUAGCGCAUUAAAGAAAAAUAAUAAAAUCUCGUAGGAAAUAAGUAAAAAUUUGUAUUCUAUAAUUUACUUUGAUAAUCGUACAAGUACGCGUGUGACAUUUAUAAUGUAGAUAAAAAAAAAGUUGUAGCUAAAAGGAACAAGUAAUAAACUUUA